AUGCGGAUGCUCUUCGAGGACUAUCUGGAAAAAGAGUCCAAAUACACGGAGCUUCGCCUUAAGCUGUCAGCCAAUGGAGCCUAUAAAAACGGAAAUCAUUGGCAGUUUUCUGCUGGAGAUGGCGACAGUCAGAAGAUCAGUGCUCGCAAUGAUUGGUACGUGGAUAAGACGCAAAUGCGGAUGCUCUUCGAGGACUAUCUGGAAAAGAGUCCCAAAUACACGGAGCUUCGCCUUAAGCUGUCAGCCAAUGGAGCCUAUAAAUCUAGGAAAAUGACGAAGAGCAAGAAAAAGAAGGCCGCUUCUGACAAGAACAGUAAUAUAAAAGGGGAAGAGAUCGCUACCGCCUACAUAGUGACGCCGCCGGGCACGCCACCAAAAAACGGACUUAAGACCGCCAACAACUACGGCAAUGGCACGAGUGGAAGUUCCACUGUCCCCUGGGAACGGGAAAUCAUUGGGCAGUUUCUGCUGGAGAUGGGCGACAGUCAGAAGAUCAGUGCUCGCAAUGAUUGGUACGUGGAUAAGACGCAAAUGCGGAUGCUCUUCGAGGACUAUCUGGAAAAGAGUCCCAAAUACACGGAGCUUCGCCUUAAGCUGUCAGCCAAUGGAGCCUAUAAAUCUAGGAAAAUGACGAAGAGCAAGAAAAAGAAGGCCGCUUCUGACAAGAACAGUAAUAUAAAAGGGGAAGAGAUCGCUACCGCCUACAUAGUGACGCCGCCGGGCACGCCACCAAAAAACGGACUUAAGACCGCCAACAACUACGGCAAUGGCACGAGUGGAAGUUCCACUGUCCCCUGGGAACGGGAAAUCAUUGGGCAGUUUCUGCUGGAGAUGGGCGACAGUCAGAAGAUCAGUGCUCGCAAUGAUUGGUACGUGGAUAAGACGCAAAUGCGGAUGCUCUUCGAGGGCUAUCUGGAAAAGAGUCCCAAAUACACGGAGCUUCGCCUUAAGCUGUCAGCCAAUGGAGCCUAUAAAAUGCCAUAACUGUAGAUACGGGGACUGGAUCAGCUGAAGUCCAGCUUAGGAAGGCCCUACAGCUGCAAAAAAAACGUUUUUUCAAAAACAGUACCACCGCGAACAGCAGACUUUAAUUAGUAAAUUU